CCCUUCCCUCUCAGAGAUGGGGAUGCACGAAACGAUAUUUCAGUUAAUAGUCUUCAAAUCACACUGCCCAAAAUACUGAAUGUUCCCCACGCGUAAUGAAUAGACUGAACGUGAUUUCUGGAAAGGUUUGCACCUCUAGAGGCGGAAAGCAGGUAGCAGACUUGCGGGAUGAUUUUGCAUGAGUGAUGAGAGAGGAUAUCCCACCCCCUUCCUUGCCCAGCUGCAGCACAACAGCCCUGCAGUGUUGCCCGUGGGUCUCAUUCUCCGGGUCUCAUUCUCCGUGGGUCUCAUUCUGCUUUCAGCUCAGAUGCAGAGGGACCUGGGAUGCACCAAAGCAAUUACUUUAAAAAACAAACAAACCCCUAGCCAUCCUCCCCCACCCACUCGCUGAGCUGGAGGGAUUUUUUUAGAGGGGUUUCAAGGGAGCCAAUUCUUAUCCCAUGACACCUCCUGCCACUAGGCAGACUUUGGCCUCUUCUCCAUCCCAGCCUUUCCUUGGGAUCCAGCAGCCUCUAUUUUGGGGAAGGGGGAGAGCCAAGGUAACCCCCCCCCCAGUGACCACCCCCGUCUCCCUUGUGGUUGGUCUGGGUAUAUGUGGGCUCCUUGGGGCAGAGUCCUUGGCACAGAGGAGGGGGCAGCCCUUUCAGGGCAGGCGCAGAAGCAGGAAUUCUGCACGAAGGGAGAGGAAGGGGGGAUUUGGUGCCCUCGGCUUGCCAAGGGUUAAAAGGAGCAGAGCUGGAUUCCUAGAGAGGACAGGAAGUGAAGGUGGAACAAAGGUCCUCCCUGGCCAAAUUCCCUCCCUCCCUUCCGGCUGCUUUCUUCUCUCUCCUCGGACCCUGCAGUUUGUUUUGGCUCCUCAACUCCUCAGGAAGGAUGAAAGAGACGGAUCCUGCAAAGCUAGCGAGGAUGGAAGGGGGAAGAUGGACGGUUGACCUGGUCAGGUUGUCUCCUGCAUCGCUUCCCACAACCUCUGAGCUUUCCCUCCCAGGGACCUCCGAGAGAUCUGGACCCUGCAGCUUGUUUUGGCUCCUCGACUCCUCAGGAAGGAUGAAAGAGACGGAUCCUGCCAAGCUAGCGAGGAUGGAAGGGGGAAGAUGGACAUUUGAUCUGAUCAGGUUGUCUCCUGCAUCCCUCCCCACAACCUCUGAGCGUUCCCUCCCAGGGACCUCUGAGAGAUCUGGACCCUGCAGUUUGUUUUGGCUCCUCAACUCCUCAGGAAGGAUGAAAGAGACGGAUCCUGCAAAGCUAGCGAGGAUGGAAGGGGGAAGAUGGACGGUUGACCUGGUCAGGUUGUCUCCUGCAUCGCUUCCCACAACCUCUGAGCUUUCCCUCCCAGGGACCUCCGAGAGAUCAGAUGGUGAAGAAUUGGAAGGGAGAAACAAGGGGGACCACAACAGAAUCCACAUAGCAGAGAAGUCGUAUAAAUAUUCAGAGUGUGGAGAGAACAUCCGUCAGAGCUCCCAGUCCACCUACCGUCAAAGAAAGAGCUUCGUAGAGAGGGAUAGCCUCACUUCACACGGAAGAACAAAGAGUAGGGAGAAAUUGUAUCAGUGCUGGGAAUGUGGAAAGGGCUUCAGUCAAAUUAGCCAUCUCACUUCCCAUCAAAGAGUUCAUACAGGGGAGAAACCCUAUCAAUGCUUCGAAUGUGGAAAGAGCUUUACUCUAAGUGGUGAUCUCACUUCCCAUCAAAGAGUUCAUUCAGGGGAGAAACCCUAUCAGUGCUUUGAAUGUGGAAAGAGCUUCAGUCACAGUAAUAGUCUCACUUCCCAUCAAAGAAUUCAUACAGGGGAGAAACAUUAUCAGUGCUUGGAAUGUGGAAAGAGCUUCAGGCAAAGUAGCAAUCUCACUUCCCAUCAACGAAUUCAUACAGGGGAGAAACCCUAUCAGUGCUUAGAAUGCAGAAAGAGCUUUAAUCGGAAGGAUAGUCUCAUUUCCCAUCAAAGAAUUCAUACAGGAGAGAAACCCUAUCAGUGCUUCGAAUGUGGGAAGAGCUUUAGACUCAGGCAUAGUCUCACUUCCCAUCAACGAAUUCAUACAAAUGAGAAACACUAUCAGUGCUUAGAGUGCAGAAAGAGCUUUAAUCGGAAGGAUAAUCUCAUUUCCCAUCAAAGAAUUCAUACAGGAGAGAAACCCUAUCAGUGCUUCGAAUGUGGGAAGAGCUUUAGACUCAGGCAUAGUCUCACUUCCCAUCAAAGAAUUCAUACAGGGGAGAAGCCAUAUCAGUGCUUGGAAUGUGGAAAGAGCUUCAGUCAGCGGAUCCAUCUCACUUCCCAUCACAGAAUUCAUAGACGGGAGAAACCCUAUCAGUGCUUUGAAUGUGGGAAGUGCUUCAGUCACAGUAAUACUCUCACUUCCCAUCACAGAAUUCAUACAGGGGAGAAACAUUAUCAGUGCUUGGAAUGUGGAAAGAGCUUCAGGCAAAGUAGCAAUCUCACUUCCCAUCAACGAAUUCAUACAGGGGAGAAACCCUAUCAGUGCUUAGAAUGCGGAAAGAGCUUUAAUCGGAAGGAUAGUCUCAUUUCCCAUCAAAGAAUUCAUACAGGAGAGAAACCCUAUCAGUGCUUCGAAUGUGGGAAGAGCUUUAGACUCAGGCAUAGUCUCACUUCCCAUCAACGAAUUCAUACAAAUGAGAAACACUAUCAGUGCUUAGAGUGCAGAAAGAGCUUUAAUCGGAAGGAUAAUCUCAUUUCCCAUCAAAGAAUUCAUACAGGAGAGAAACCCUAUCAGUGCUUCGAAUGUGGGAAGAGCUUUAGACUCAGGCAUAGUCUCACUUCCCAUCAAAGAAUUCAUACAGGGGAGAAGCCAUAUCAGUGCUUGGAAUGUGGAAAGAGCUUCAGUCAGCGGAUCCAUCUCACUUCCCAUCACAGAAUUCAUAGAGGGGAGAAACCCUAUAAGUGCUUGGAAUGUGGAAAGAGCUUCAGUCAGCGGAUCCAUCUCACUUCCCAUCAACAAAUUCAUACAGGGGAGAAACCCUAUCAAUGCCUGGAAUGUGGAAAGAACUUCAAUCGGAAGGAUACUCUCAUUUCCCAUCAAAUAAUUCAUAGAGGGGAGAAACCAUAUCAAUGCCUGGAAUGUGGAAAGAGCUUCAGUCAGAGGGUGACUCUCACUGCCCAUCAACGAAUUCAUACAGGGGAGAAACCCUAUCAGUGCUUAGAAUGCAGAAAGAGCUUUAAUCGGAAGGAUAGUCUCAUUUCCCAUCAAAGAAUUCAUACAGGAGAUAAACCCUAUCAGUGCGUGGAAUGUGGAAAGAGCUUCAGGCUCAGGCACAGUCUCACUACGCAUCAAAGAAUUCAUACAGGCGAGAAACCAUAUCUGUGCUUGGAAUGUGGAAAGAGAUUUCGUCAAAGUGGUGAUCUCACUUCCCAUCAACGAAUUCAUACAGGGGAGAAAGCAUAUCAAUGCCUGGAAUGUGGAAUGAGCUUCAAUCACGGAUUCUAUCUCACUGCCCAUCACAGAAUUCAUUCAGGGGAGAAGCCAUAUCAGUGCUUGGAAUGUGGGAAGAGCUUCACUUUCAGGCAGAGUCUCACUUUGCAUCAAAGAAUUCAUACAGGGGAGAAACCCUAUCAGUGCUUGGAAUGUGGAAAGAGCUUCCGGGAGGGGGCUAAGCUCACUUCCCAUCAAAGAAUUCAUACAGGGGAGAAACCCUAUCAGUGCUUAGAAUGUGGGAAGAGCUUCACUUCCAGGCAGAGUCUCACUUCCCAUCAAAGAAUUCAUACAGGGGAGAAACCAUAUCUGUGCUUGCAAUGUGGAAAGAGCUUCACUCACAGUAGCCAUUUCAGUUCCCAUCAAAGAAUUCAUACAGGGGAGAAACCAUAUCAUUGCAUGGAAUGUGGAAAUAGCUUCAGGUUCAGGAACAAUCUCACUACGCAUCAAAGAAUUCAUACAGGGGAGAAACCAUAUUUGUGCUUGGAAUGUGGAAAGAGAUUUCGUCAAAGUGGUGAUCUCACUUCCCAUCAACGAAUUCAUACAAAGGGAAAACCAAAAAAGGAAAAGGAAAAAGGGGAAAUUAUUAAACAACCCUUACAAAACACAAUUGUAUAAGAAAAGUGAAUGGGGGAGAAUAUUUUAAAAUACUCUUUAUCACAUUUGUAUCAUAUAUAUCAUAUCAUUUAUCAACCCAUAGAAAGGCAUUCUCCCGGUCUUCCGGGCGAUCACCCAGCCAUUAUGGUCGGGAGUGAGCUCAUCGGAAUGAACCCCGUUGCAUCAAAGGCUGGGGAUACCGCUCCAGCGCAACAGAUCCCCUUAGAAACCCCAAAUCGAGCUUUUGGGGGACCUGGACCUCCGGCAGCGUGGAUUGUGGGCUUCCGCUCCCCAGAAAGGCUCUGUUUUGAGCCCCCGAGAUUGAGGGGGUCAGAGCUGUAGCACAUCUGACAAAUUGCUUCCUUUGACAGUGCGAAGCUGCAGGACUGAGUGGCAAUAGCGGUCGAUUCUUUUGAAGGAAAAAAAAGAUAUUAAAGGAAUGUUCCGUGAGUACUUUUGACAUUUGGCUAAUUUGGCUAAUUUGAGAGAAUUUGGAUACAGAAUAGGGGUUUUAAAAUGGAAGCCAGUCCCUUUCUGCUGAUAGUAUUGGAGAGCAGAAGAUAUUACCUAAGCUGAGAAAAUAUUGGAAGAAGUUUUAAGCGUAAGAAUGUUGAACCUCCCCUUAGAAGAGGAGAUGGGGGGAUUUGUAAAUAAAUUACAAGAUUUUAGAAGGUUGAAAGGUCUUUGAGAAGCUGCUCGGUUUCUGGGAGCGUCAGACAGUGAGAAGCCAUUGUGACGUAACAAUGCGAGAAUGAAAGUGUUUUAAAUCCUGCCCUGCGGAAAGUGAAAGAGAGGCUGGUUCCCAGCCUUGUCCCUGAUUGUUUGGAUUACAAAAGUUAUCUUUGACCUUGAAAGUCUGAGUUCCCAGCUGGGAAAUGAUAUUGGAAUUUAUGGAAGGAAAAUAGACAAAGUUUACAGAGCCUUGCCACAGAGGUUAAAGCAAAUACUAAGGCUCUGCAGGAAUUUAAAAAAGAUUUUGGGACUUUAAAAAAUGAUCUGCAAGAGGUAAAAAUAGAGGUUGCAGGUUUGCAAACAAGAGUCACAGAAAUUGAAUCAGUUAAAUUAUCAGAUUUGGAAAAAUUGCAGGAGGGGACCCGAACGUCAAUCGCCUUCUUGCAAUUCAUAGAAUCAUAGAGUUGGAAGAGACAACAAGGGCCAUCCAGUCCAACCCCCUGCCAAGCAGGAAACACCAUCAAAGCAUUCCUGACAGAUGGCUGUCAAGCCUCCGCUUAAAGACCUCCAAAGAAGGAGACUCCACCACACUCCUUGGCAGCAAAUUCCACUGUUGAACAGCUCUUACUGUCAGGAAGUUCUUCCUAAUGUUUAGGUGGAAUCUUCUUUCUUGUAGCUUGAAUCCAUUGCUCCGUGUCCGCUUCUCUGGAGCAGCAGAAAACAACCUUUCACCCUCUUCUAUAUGACAUCCUUUGAUAUAUUUGAACAUGCCUAUCAUAUCACCCCUUAACCUUCUCUUCUCCAGGCUAAACAUACCCAGCUCCCUAAGCCAUUCCUCAUAAGGCAUUGUUUCCAGGCCUUUUGACCAUUUUGGUUGCCCUCUUCUGGACACGUUCCAGCUUGUCAGUAUCCUUCUUGAACUGUGGUGCCCAGAACUGGACACAGUAUUCCAGGUGAGGUCUGUGACGGAUAUAGGACUCCUUUGAGUUGUUUAUGACUCAAUUAGGAGCCACUAAUUACCGCCCGGCACGCUUUCUCUAGCGCCUCUGCUCCGUAGACCCGGGCUGGCAGUAAAACACACAGCAGAGUUCUUCUUCUUCUCACACACAGCGGAAACUUGUAUAGCCGUUGGAUAAAAAGCCUCUUAAGAACACACAGAGUCCAAGGUGUUCUAAUAACUACUGAAGUUUAUUUUAGAGAGAAAACAACAAACGACCUGGUGAGCUCGCAGACAUCUUGCGACCGUCUCCCAGGCAAAAACAAAACCAACUGAUACACACAGAAACACUUCUAGCACAUUCUGUAACAUGAUCUUCCUCAGUGGUCAGGUGCUACACAGUACACAGUUAACCCCUUCGGUUACUUGUUACUCCUCACACCCCCUCUCACCUGAACACUGGGGAUAGCGGGUAUCCAAACUUACCCCAAAACCAACCCUUCACAGAAUUCCCCAUGCCGUUGGAAACUCAAGGGUUUUGUGAACCCAUCUGCUAGGUUCUCUUGGCUUGGACAAUACCUCAACUUUACCAAGCCUACCUGUAUGCUCUGACAUACGUUUCGGAAGCGGAUGUCUAAGUGUUUGGUUCUGGCCUUGAACUGUCCAGACUCCGCCAGUCUCAAAUAUGGUUGAUUGUCGCCCCAAACAGUGAUGGGCUGGCUACAAUCACCCCAGAUUUCCUGGACCAAACAUCUGUAGUACUCCAACUCAGUGCAUGUCGCAGACAACGCACAGAAUUCGGCUUCCGUGGAAGACAUUGCUAUUAGGCUUUGCCUGCACGACCGCCAA